AUGCCUUCCCCGUCUUCCUCCCGUGACAACUCUCACAACGAGAAUUCUCCGCUGCCGCCGCGUGGAGUACAGCGGUCUAUGUACCGCCCGCUACGCAGAUCACUGCACCGGCGCAGUGCAUCUCAAGGAUCCGACGGCGUGCCUUCACUGGCAACCAGGAUCCUCAACAGGAUCAGGCGCGCGCGCUCGUCGGACGCGCCAGGCAGCGUGCAGGGGGACGCCGCAAGCGGCCCUGCAUCCGCCAUCGCCGCCGCCGCCACCUCUGUGGACGCGACGGACGAGCGCAUGGCCAUCACGUCCCUACUCUUGUCUGCGCCGGACGCCACGGAAUCAUCCCCGGAGCACACAAACCCAACGGAGCCUGAGCCUUCGGGCUCUUCAUCCGAGCCCCGGAACGCGGUCGCCGGUCCCUCGAGCGAACCCCCCCGCGACACAGAGGUGGGUAGCACUGCCGGCGCAUGCGCCACGAACACGGACACUGCGGAACAAUCGACUUUGGCCAGACGCACCGCGGCGCGCAGGGCGCGCCGGUUCAAUCCGAUCUCGCGCGGCAUGCAGACGUCGCCUUCCCCAGGCCCCUCGUCUCGCCCCAUCACACGGCUGCCCUCGGUCUAUGGCAACUCCCACCCGGACAUCUGGAUGCGCUGGGAUCCGUCAUGGGGCAUCCGUCCAUCGAUGGACGGGUCUGGUCUGCAUGGGGACCCAUACCCGGAGCGCCCUAGCCACUCGCCUCCCCCGUAUCCCGGCUCGCCUCUCUCCGGGUCGGCGCUGUUUGAGAUGUUCGCCUCGGCUCAGGAUGAUGACGGCCUUUACUCUGUCCCAGUGGCUGGCCCUUCCCGACCAGCCGAACGUACUCUUCCGGAGCAGCCAGACACACUCGGAUUCGAUGCAAACGCGGACUUGAGCCACAUGCGGGAGUUUGUGCACCGGCUGAUGACGUCGACCGCCAACGGCCGACGUGCGGUGAUGAACUACUUGAUGGAAGACGAAGGUAUUGUGGGGCUGAGUGCGCCUGUUGGCGAGCCAGUGCUCCAUCGCAUCCCGACAGCUGAGUGGCGGCGGGAUCCCGACUGGGAAGGCGGCGUGGUCCGAGACGACCGGCCAAAGCGGACCGAGAGCAUGAUGGACGACGGCGCCGACUCUGACGCGAGCGUGUUCGAGUACGAAUCGGAAGAGGAGAGCGAUCCGGGGAUUGCGACAGGCGACGGCGCGCGGCAUUCGUCCCUACUUGCAGACAGUGCCGCGCCCGAUACUCAGUCCGUGGCCGAGUCGUCGGCGAGCACGUCGCCGCUCCCCCGAAUUGUUGUCACUCCGCCACCAUCGUCGGCACCUCUCCCUGCUGUUGACGAGGCAGUGUGUGCCGUCGAGCAAGAUGGCCUGUCGGCCCUGGCCGCUGAUGCUUCCCCGCCUGAAUUGGACAGGAGCAUGACAUCGCCUCCCUCGAGCCCAGGUCCCGCCACGCCCCCGCCCGGGUCUCGUCGACGGCCCGCCGAUGUGCGUACACUGCGCGCGCGCCCGAGUCGCUCGAGUGUCUCUGGCCGCAAGCGCGCGCGGGAGGACGGGGCGGAUGAACGCUGCGCUGACCUGGGAGAGCGCAGGACGAAGAAGCGACGGGACUCCAGUUGA